AUGCCAGGCACACGGGGCCCUGUGCCCGUCCCGCUCGAAACAAAGCAGAAUGGCGACCUCACACAACAAAUACUCGACCUCCUCGACACAAAACCCACAUUUCAGUCCAAUGAAGAUUUCCCCGCUGUUUCGCAGGCCGUGAUCAAGGCGGCGCUGGACCGGCUCGCUAGUCGCAGCAUGGUGACGUACCAGAGCAAGGACGAGGAAAAAGUCGUCUUGACGGCGGAAGCGGAGGGCAUUGUCCAGAGUGGGAGUCACGAAAUGAAAGUAUGGCGGGUUGUCAAGGAGCGAGGGAGCGUGAGCGUCAAGGAGCUCCCCACACUUGUCGGCGCAGAAGUAGCGAGUAUAGGACAGGGAAACGGCUUCAAGAACAAGUGGAUCAAGAAGGACGGCGACAACCUGGUUCCGUUGGUGUCCGAGGAACCAAAAGACACGAGCCGCGACAUCCUUCACGCUAUUCAGACCAGCCAAUCUUGCACCGACGCCAAGCUGCUCAAAGACCUCAAGAAGAAGAAACUGGUCACCACGACAAAAGUAAUCACCUAUACCGUGAGCAAGGGCCCGAAAUACGCAAAGGAGAUGCCAAUUGAGCAUACCGAUUUGACGGUAGAAUUGUUAGCGAGUGGGGAAUGGGAAAAGGCAAACUUCAAGCCAUAUAAUUUCAAAGCGUUGGGUGCAGGGCAGAAUGCGGGGGCCUUGCAUCCGUUGAUGAAGGUGAGGGAGGAGUUCAGAAGGAUCUUCUUCAGCCAAGGGUUUGUGGAGAUGCCUACAGGACAUUUCGUCGACACCGGCUUCUGGAACUUCGAUGCCCUUUUCGUGCCUCAACAACAUCCUGCCCGUGAUAUGCAGGACACCUUCUUCGUCACACAUCCCCAAAAGGCCGAUAAACCACGGUUAGAUCCCGCCAACGAGGCAGUCAUGGACCGCAUGGAGGCAGGUUCAAAACGCUUGUUUGCCACACCCGAGAGCGAGAAGAAGGAGAGGAAGCCCAGGGAUUUUGAAAAGUACUGGGAGGAUGUGAAAAAGGUGCACCAAGAGGGUGCUUUUGGAUCGAUAGGCUACCGGUAUCCAUGGGAAGAGGAUGAGUCGCUCCGCCUCGUCCUGCGCACACACACCACUGCUGUAUCAACAUGGGCACUGCACCGCCUAGCCGAAGACCCACGACCCGCCCGCUACUUCUCCAUCGACCGCGUCUUCCGCAACGAAACCGUCGACGCCACCCAUCUCGCCGAAUUCCACCAAAUCGAAGGCGUCAUUGCAGACUUUGGCCUCACACUAGGUGGCCUCCAACGCUUCCUCGAAGACUUCUUCUCCUCCAUGGGCAUCACCAACCUCCGCUUCAAACCCGCCUACAACCCCUACACGGAGCCCAGCAUGGAAAUCUUUGGCUACCACGCCGGCCUUGCGCGCUGGCUGGAAAUCGGCAACAGCGGCAUGUUUCGCCCCGAGAUGCUCGAGCCCAUGGGCUUGCCCCGCGAUAUGCGCGUCUAUGGCUUUGGCCUGAGUCUCGAGCGGCCCACGAUGAUGAAGUACAAGGUUAGCAAUAUUAGGGAGUUGUUGGGGCACAAGGUGGAUUUGAACUGGAUUCGCGAACAGCCGGCUGUGCGGUUUGAUAAGGAGUAG